AUGGACACCACGGAACUCGAGACAUAUCAAGUACAACUCUCUCAGGUUGAGCUCGCGCUGCAAACCGAUACUGAAAAUGCCGGACUCCUCUCGCUCCGUUCGGAGCUCCAAGAACUUAUCUCUCUCACCCAACAAUCGCUCGCGCAAGCAGCUUCCUCAUCACGCGCAGAUUCCGUGCGUAAAACAGCCAACUCGACACCUUCACACACAUGGACUGCAGGGAGCGACUGUCUUGCGAAAUACUCUGGUGAUGGGGGCUGGUAUCCUGCACGGAUUACCAGCGUCGGUGGGUCAGCAGAGAACCCCGUAUACAGCAUCAUGUUCAAAGGGUACAAUACGACGGAACUGAUCAAAGGAUCAGAAAUCAAGCCACUACCCGCGAAUCACCAAGAGAAAGCCACGGCGCCUAGUAAAAGAAAGCUAACGAAAGCUGAGGACGAGGAGAGAGAUCGGAAGAAGAAGCGUAAUGAGAAGAAACUGGAGGUUAAAGCUGCCAAAGCCAAGGAGCAACUGGCCAAGCAAGCGACGUGGCAGAAGUUUGCUAAGAAGUCUGAGAAGAAGGGCGUUCAUAUUGCCGGUGUGGCGGGGACUAGUAUCUUCAAGACGCCCGACAACCCAUUAGGCCGUGUGGGUGUUACGGGGAGCGGGAAAGGGAUGACGGAAGUUGCGAUGCGAGGCAAGCAUAAAUUUGCGGCGACGGACGAAGGGAAUGCGUAG